AUGUCUUCCAACUUUGGUACCGCUUCCCCCAGCCGUGCUGCGGCCUGGAAGCUUGAUCUUCCCACCUCGUCUCAUCCCGCAGAGUCGGUCAAGCUCCCGGAUGAUGGAAGCAAGGACGCCGAAUCUAUCAUAGGAGAGGACGAGCGUGUCUUGGUUGAUCAUGGCGAUCUCCAAGAGGGUGGCAAGUACCGCUCCAUCGUCAAGAUCCAGUCCAGGUUCAAUGACAGAACUACUGGCCGCGCCGUUUGGAUGAUCGGCACCGGUUGGCUGAUUCGCCCGGAUCUUCUUGUCACUGCUGGACACGUCGUCUACGACCAUGGAUACCGAUAUGGUCCCGCCGACCAGAUCAAGUGCUACAUCGGCUACAACGGCCGUGACUCUGUCAAGACCUCGGCUGUCCAGGCUCGGUAUGGCCUCAAUGUCAUCUCCACGGCUGAGUGGAUCGAGUCGCCCAACAACCGAAGCCGCGACGUUGCUUUCAUCCAGGUCGACCGCCCAUUCACUGGAAACCUCCGCACCUUCAACUUCACCAAGACGCCCCCUUCGGGCCAGGGCAUCGUCCUCGGUGUUGUUGGCUAUCCUGGAGACAAGUCCCUCAGGGAUGUUGAUGGCGAAGAUGAGAAGGGUGCCCAGAUGUACGAGGAGUUCGCAAAGACCGACUUCGACUUGGCUGCCAGCCCUGGCAACAUGGUUGAAUAUCGAGUCUCUACCUUUGGAGGCCAAUCCGGCGCCCCGAUCCUGCGCAAGGCUCGUGGACAGUUUACCAGCAUCGGUACACACUGCUAUGGUGGUGGUGGCCAGAAGAGCAACUCAGGCAACGCCAUCGGUGGUGUGUACGGAAACAACUAUGAUGCCUUCAUUGCCCUGUUCAACAUCGGUCAGCAAGCGUUCGGAACUGCUGCCAAUAUCAAGUCGAUUGACUGCCAGGCCAACGGCAACUCUUCCUCGGGCACUGGUCUGAACGGGAGUCUCGCUAGUGGCCUCGACAAGGGCGGCUUCACCAGCACUGGCUUCAACAGCACUGGCUUCAACAGUAGCGGCUUCGACAACAUCAGCUCCAGCAAAGACUUGAACGGGAGAGUGACCAGUGGCCAGAACCGAAGCGGUGUUCCAUCUGGUGACCAAGCCGAGUUCAUGCAGAUCCUCAGGACAGUAGCGGGAGUGGGCUCUGCAGUUCUUCCCAUCGCCUCCUCUCUGCUUGGGCCCAUGGGUUCGCUCGCCGGCAUGGCAGCUGGGCAUUUCCUCGGGAAACUCACCAGAGAGAGUAUGCAGUCUGAGAGUGGCAUGGCUGGAAUGCCUGGCGAUGACGAUGCCAUUGCUGCUCGGGCAUUGGUUGCCGAAGCAGCCCUUGAGGCGAUCCUGUCGGCCAACGAGUCCCCUGAGCAUGAGGAAGUCAUCAAGAAAAUGAAGGAUAUCUGGUCGACCAGUACUCCCAACGUUGAUGCCUUGGCUCCUGUGCUUACCCCAGGCCUCACAGAGUGUGCUCUGGACAUUGCCUCUCAUCGACUGGAAAGGGCCGCCACUGGUACCACUCGCCAGGGCCAGGAAAGCACUCUGCUUCCCGAGCGCCGCGACCUUGGCAUUUCGAUCCAUGAGGCUGGCGGUGCCGAAGCUGCCUUUGUCCAGGCUAUGUAUGGACCGACCCGCCCGCUCGCCGACGCAGAGGGAGGCUGGGGCUGGCUUGGAUCUGUCAUCAGCACCGUGGGCAAGGCUGCGGUCCCCAUCGUUGGUAAAGUGGCCAGUGGUGCCCUUUCAGGUGUUGUCGGAUCGCUGGGGGGACUGCUCCGCAGCGAGUCCAUGUCAGACAGCGUCAGUCCCAACGAAGAGGCGACCCGGAUUCUCCUCAAGCGCGCCUUGAUGGCAGACACGGCGCUACAGGCCUUGAUGACCCUUCCCCGCGAGAAGCUGGAGCGCCUGCAGGUCACGCACAACAAUAGUGGCGAGACCGAGGGCAUCAUCGACUUCAUCAAGACUGGCGUGCAGAAGCUUGGCCCCACGGUUCUGAACGCUGCCAAGGACAUGGCCAACAAGUACGUGCCCAUUGCCAUCAACUAUGGCGCAAAGAAGAUCUCGACCCAUCUUGGUCUUCCUGCCGAAGCCCUUCCCAGCCGCACCAUCCGCAAGCAGCCUUCUUUCCGGGACUCUCUCAAUGCUGGAAACAUUGUCAAGGUGAGCCAUGUCCAGAAUACGCCCGAGGCGCCGGCCAGCGUUGAUCUUUCUGCCCUUCUCCUGGCUCGUCAGGAGGUCUGGAAGCCUUCCAACGUGUGGCGAAAGGACUGGGAUGACAACGAUGAUGGCCCCGUCAUCAUGACUCGACCGCCCCCCGACUUUUGA